GUUGAAACCAGCUGUCUGUAUUCCCUGAAAGUUUGACACAGCUGAAGAAACUCAAAAGGCUGGACAUCUUAAAGAACAAACUAACCACUAUCCCUGAUGCUAUUGGUGAGAUGGUGAGACUAGAGGGACUGGAUCUGAGUUACAACCAGUUGAAAGUGUUGAGUCCAGCCAUAAAACAGCUGAAGAAACUCAAAAAGUUGUCUGUGCGAGGGAAUCCUUUUACAGUUGAAGGAAUGAGAAGUGUUAUGGAGCUGGAGAAUAAGAUUUACAGAGUAUAUUCAGAUGUCCCAGACCUUCUGUAUGAAGAAGGAGCAAAAGGUAGCAAAGCACAGUUGGCUUAUAAAAGAGCUUUGAAAGAUGGAUGUGUAAAGGUUUACCGUGGUCGUAUUAUACUGGUUGGUCAGGAUCGUGCUGGUAAAACCAGUUUGAAAAAGAGUCUCUUAGGCCUUCCAUUUGACCCUAAAGAACAGAGUACUGAGGGGAUUGAAGUGGACCCUUCAAAGUGUGAAAUUGCUGUUGACCAAGCUGUAAAGAACUGGAAGUUGACAAGGGAGAGGAAACCAGGACUGUUGGAAUGUUCAAAAGAUGUAGCAAGGAAUGUAGCUGACAGAAGGUGUGAACCAUUUACAAAGAAUUUCCACAGUGACGCAGUUGAUGGAGGAAAACUAGAAUUAAAGGAUAAAGUUGGAGAUGUUUUCUAGUCAAAGCAGGUUGAGGAGGAUGACGGUUCCACAGAUGUUCUGCAAAACAAUGGCAAUGAACAUUCUACCGAAUGCAAAGGUGAAAACAUGCAAGCUGAGCCUGAUGUGAUAAUUGAUGUUGCUCAACCUCCUGAUACUGUGAAGCAUGUUCAUCAGUGGUUGGAGUAUGCCAAAGGCAAUAGCAUCAAAAGUGCUUUACUCAGAGAAGAAUCCUAUGUUAUGAUGGAUGUGUGGGACUUCGCAGGGCAGCACCUGUACUAUGCCAGCCAUCCUAUUUUCUUUUCACAGCGAGCUCUCUACAUAUUGGUGCACAAUCUAAGCAAACCUUUGGAUGCCUUAGCUGAGCCCUGCUUGAGACAAGGGAGUGAUGAUGUGAAGUUGGAAAACCCUAACCAUGAAACAAACAUGGAGAAUUUACUGUCAUGGCUGGCUACAGUACAUAGUGUUGCCCUGGCUACUGAUGACACAGAUGAUGAUGCACAACCCAAGCUGCCCUACCUCCACUCCCCAGUGUUCAUUGUUGGCACACAUGCUGACAAACCAGUUGAAGACAUAACAGUAGUAAAGAAACAAAUAAAGGAGAGAAUUUCUGGUAUGGAAUAUGAGAAGCAUGUGGUCAGACCCUUAUUCUGCAUUGACAACACCCAGAGACCAAAUUUGAUAAAAAUAUUAAUGAAGAAGAUUGGAAAACAGAGAGGAAAAGAUAAAGCAGAACAAGAAGGAAGAGUAGAUAGUAUAAAUGAAUUACAGAACACAAUCCUGGAGGUGUUGAGGCAGGAGCCUUAUAUGGGGGAGAAAAUACCAGUCAGGUGGUUUUUGUUUGAAAAGGUGAUUGAAGCGUUGGUGGCUAAACAGAUUUAUCACAGAAAUCUGAAACAACUUGAACACUAUGCAAGGAAAGAUUGUUUCAUGGAAGAUGAAAAAGAGUUUGACGCCAUGAUCAGUUUUUACCAUAGCCAGGGGAUGAUAAUCAAGCACCGCAGUACAGUUUUACUGAAAGCUCAGUGGUUGAUUGAUCUGUUCAAGCAGCUGAUAACCAUACCAUCUUUCAAUAAACAGAAUCCCCUACAUGCUCAAUACUGGCGGGAACUUGAAGGGAAUGGCAUCCUCAGCAUGGAGCAUGUUGAUCAUGUGUUCUCCAACUUUUUUGGACAAGGCAUCAUCAAAGAAGACAUCUUAGACAUAAUGGAGCAAUUUGGUUUGAUCGCUAAGUUCUCAGUUUCUCCAACUGAUGUGAAGUACUUUGUACCAGCUCAGCUGAAGUCAUCGCCUGAAGAACUCUGUAAGAUGAAACCAUCGUCAGCAGAUCCCUGUCCAUUGUAUCUCCACUUUGUCCAUGGCUUUGUCCCUCAUGGUCUCUUCUUACAGCUUGUCUCACAAUCCAUUCGUUGGUGUUCAAGGACAUGGCCCACGCAUCAACCUACCCUGUACGAAAAUGGAGCAUGGUUCAUCAUUGGGAAAGAUAUUCAUGACUUUGUCCUCAUAUGCAAUACAGGAUUUGUGAAGGUAAUCUUGAGACAAAGAACACAAAGUCAUCAAGUUGUAGGACAGACCUCCGCCGAACUAGCAACUGUUGUUCGUGAAUUUCUUGAAGACACCCUACAGAAUUUGUCACAAGAAAUGCCAUACCUGAGGGGACUGCAGUAUAGGCUGUGUGUUGCAUGUCCUUACUGCCAUCAAGGGGCAGAAGAACCACGUCGUGCAUGCUCAGACCACGUUAAAACCACGUGCACACAUGAGAACUGCUACCAUCUCAUUGAUGCAAAUGAAGGCAAAGCAGAAAUAUGUAAAAGAAAACUUGGGGACAAAGUACUUCCUUGCUGUGGAUUGGAGAAAUGGUUUAUGAAAAGAAGAAGGCAGGGUUUAUCCUCUUCAAAUCUAGCUGCCAAACCUCACGGUGAAACAAGUGAAAUUAAUCCAAUGAAGUCUGAAACGGCAUUCAAGGUGACUCUCUUGGGCAGCGAGUGGAGUUCAUCAAUGGGAGGCUUGUCCACCCUAAACAGACAGCUUGCCAUUCUGUUGGCCAAACAUCCGCAAGUGGACGUCACUCUCCUUGUCCCUCAGUUUGCCUGUUCUGAAGAAGAGAGGAGAAUGGCAUCGAGUCACAAUGUAUCCCUGAGAGAGGCAAAAAGACGUCCGGGCUAUGCCGACCCCCUUGACUGGCUGGGUGCCCCACCGAGAGAUCUUGCCAUUGACAUAGUACUGGGUCAUGGAACAAAGCUUGGUAAACAAUCCCAGUUUAUUAGAGAAUCGCACCAGUGCAGGUGGAUACAGGUAGUGCAUACUGCACCUGAAGAACUUGGAAUGCACAAAAACUACCCCAAGGCUAUUUCCAAAGGUCAAGAGAAGAAUUUAACUGAAGUGGAGUUGUGUAAGUUGGCAGACGCUGUCAUAGCAGUUGGACCAAAGCUAACAGAAGCUUUCUCCCCUCAGCUCCGCUCAUGCAAGAGUCACGAAGACAUCCUUCAACUGACUCCUGGAACUUUCCGUGAAUUCUCUGACGUAGAACAUGCCCCAAAGGAGAGUAAAAAGUUCAAGGUACUGACGUUUGGCCGUGGUGAUCCAGAGGACUUCAGCCUGAAAGGGUACGAUAUCUCUGCCAGAGCAAUAGUUGAACUGAAAGACAGAUCUUACUCUCUCAUCUUCGUGGGUGCAGCUGACGGUAAACAGGAUGAGGUUGCAGCGAAUUUGCUCAAGAGUGGAAUUGAUAAAAGUCAGCUGACCGUGAGGAAGUUCGUACAGAGUAAAGAGAGAUUGAAAGAAUUGUUUUGGGAAGUUGAUCUCUGCGUGAUGCCCUCCAGAACGGAGGGUUUUGGUUUAGCGGCCUUAGAAGCUUUGUCAGCCGGUGUACCCAUUCUUGUCAGUGGCAACUCAGGAUGUGGUGAAGCAUUGUGGACUGUACCUUCAGGCAAAUCAUUUGUGAUUGAGUCUGAGGACCCCAAGGAGUGGGCAAAGGCCAUUGCUGCUGUCCGGCAGAAGGAAAGAUCAGACCGACUUUAUGAGAUUCAGCAACUGAAGACUUCCUAUGAAGAGAUUUACAGCUGGGAGAAACAGUGUGACAUUCUUGUGGAGAAGAUGCGGGACAUAGUUCAUGCUUCUAAAGGACGAGACACAGGAUUCAAAGCUCAGGAGGCCGAAGAUGUCGAGACGUCGACUGAAGAACUAGCAGUCGAUUCAUUACUGACUCCAAGUUCUCUCGACCGAAUCAUCCAGGAACUUCAGCAGAUGCAACUCGAUGCAAGCAAAGUCAAGAGCAGAACAGAUCUGUUAUUAGAGCUGAGGAAUAUUGCAUCGGACAAGGGCUUCAAAAUAUCUGACAAUCAAGGGUUAGGAAAUUGCAUGUUCUAUGCCUUGUCUGAACAACUGGAAAUUGUUAAAGGAAUCAGAAUCUUAGCUGGCAGAUUAAGACAAACCUUGGUCCAGUACCUCAGGAGUAACCCAAAACUACCGGAUGGGACAGAUCUGUUUCACUUUGUCCAUGGACAUCAAACAUGGACUGAAUACCUGACACUCAUGGAACAAGAUGGCGCUUGGGGUGAUCAUGUGAUUUUGUGUGCCGCAGCAAACUACUAUAAAACGUGCAUCCAUGUGGUCAGCAGUCUACACCUUAGCAAUGAUGUAAUCAUUACGCCACAUUGUCCAGUUGACGAAAGCAAAGCACUUGUGCUGGGACAUAUUCAUGAAGUGCACUAUGUCAGCCUUCAACCCGCGCAAGGUUAAAAGACAGGCUAUCUACACAGUCAUUAUACUCAGCUCAAAUCUCUGUAAAAGAAAAAAAAAACAAAAAAAAACCUGGCCAGUGAGAUGUGGCUAAAAGUUUGCCUUGGGCCUAAAGAAGAAACAAAGUCUCUCAGAAGUUUAAAAGUUUUCUUUCGGGAGAAGUCUCUCCCUAUAAAUUGAGUAGUUGUUACGGUGUGGAUAAUUCUUUAAAAACUGAAAAGCUUGAAGAAAAGAUAAUUCACCGUAAAAUAUUUCGUUACGUUACUGAAAGCACAAGAAGAAAUUUUUUAUUUACGUGCGCUUUAGACUGGAAACUGGAAAAAGACAGUGAAUUUGAAAACACCCAACUUGAACAAUUUACGCGAAAUAUUUUUGAUAUCCACGAGGAGCGAUAGAGCAUGUUUAAAUAAAAUUCAGUGUUUGAAGUGAA